AUGUUAAAUAAAAUUGAUGUACCAAAAUUUAAAAUAACGGGCAAUCUUGAUAGUCUUUGUUGUAUUAUUACCAAACCAUUUUCUGGCGAGUUAGUUGUAGAAGAAAGUGAAUUACCAAUAAAAUCAAUUGAAAUACAACUUUUACGUGUGGAAACAUGUGGUUGUGCAGAAGGAUUUUCACGAGAUUCAACAGAAAUUCAAAAUAUUCAACUAGGCGAUGGUAAUGUUGCUCGUAAAAUAGCAAUUCCAAUUUGGAUGCUUUUUCCACGAACAUUUACAUGUCCAACCUUAUUAACGGUUAAUUUUAAAAUUGAAUUUGAAAUUAGCAUUGUUCUUGUCUUUGAAGAUGAUCGUAUGGUAUCUGAGAAUUUUCCACUUCGAUUAACACGUUAUUAA